UCUUGCAGAACGGCCCGUGGAAGUAGACAUUGUAGAGCUGCAGCAGUCCCUUGGUUAACGUUUUUAAUCCAUUGCACGAAAACUGCUGUCUCGUGGAUAUUACUUCAAUCGAAUUCACGUGUGAAAAAUACGUUCAAAAAAAUGUCACCGAGUCUGCAAGAAAGCUGUUUCCACUGCCAAAACAGACACGGUGGUAAUGCAAACAAAGCCAGUGGAGAUUGAAACUCUCGUGAAUCGGCAUCGCCGAUUGGUCGUAGGGCAUGGCUCAGCCCCACUUACGAGUGCUCGGGUUGGCCGAAAUUGGCGCCCCGCGUACAUGACGUAAACACGGCGUUACCGUCAAUCGGAAUGUGAACGUUAAGUCGAAACCACAGGGCGUCGUUCCAACGAGAGGUGAAACGUUGACCGCAAAAAUCGUGCGACGAUGAUGGUCAACACUGCCAACCCGAGGGACUGCCGAGCCUCUGCGACCUCCGACACACACACGCAGCAGAGGGCAGCACUUCGCCGCACGCUCCGCCACCGCAGGAGAGAGACAUCGGGUCGCAAGCACGACCACCGUCAAAAUUCAACGUCUUUCGUUCUCAGCGCUGAAAUGCAUCCUGUCUUCUUAUCUCGUCUCAUUCUAAUUUAUGCAGCGCCUUUGACCAAGGCGCUGAACAAGGAAUUAGUCUCUCGUGCGGCGGAAUAGGAGUGCGAGACGGACGGGUGGUACGUGACGGAUACGACGACGAUGGGUGAAGUAAAAGCUGAUGAAAGUGAAGUGGUUAAUGACGAGCGAGUGCGAUGAAUAGGAAGGGGAAUUUGGGAAAGUGGAACGGUGGUGUUAAUGAUGGGGAAGGGAGGACGGGGGGGGGGGGAGUUUGGUUAAGCGAGGGGAAAUCAGUGAGCGUGUGUCAGAGGCGAAGAGCGGUGAAUAAAUGGUGAGGCUGAUUGGUUGACACGUAGGGGCAGUUUGUUCCGGUAUAAGGGGGCCAGAUGCGAGAAAGGACGGAAUGGUGAUUGGGGAACACGGAGGAGGAGAGGGGGGAACAGAGGCAGAGAAACAGCAGCUGGGAUUGAGAACGCACAGGGCAAGAUGGGGGAAGCGAGCAAAUUUAGCCAAAUGAUGUGCAGAACCAAAUUUUAUGCGAUAUUUCUUUGUGUCUUUGCAGGCACCGGUUAUCACCUCACACUACACUUUCGAACCUGGAUUUAAAUCACGUACGGCGGCUGUGAUCUGCAUUCAAACUCAAAAUCUCAGUGGUGCCGGCUCGGAGUCUCCGGCCUCUGAGUCUCCGGCCUCUGAGUCUCCGGCCUCGGAGUCUCCGGCCUCUGAGUCUCCGACCUCGGAGUCUCCGACCUCGGAGUCUCCGACCUCGGAGUCUCCGACCUCGGAGUCUCCGACCUCUGAGUCUCCGGCCUCUGAGUCUCCGGCCUCUGAGUCUCCGGCCUCUGAGUCUCCGACCUCGGAGUCUCCGACCUCGGAGUCUCCGACCUCUGAGUCUCCGACCUCUGAGUCUCCGACCUCGGAGUCUCCGACCUCGGAGUCUCCGACCUCUGAGUCUCCGGCCUCUGAGUCUCCGGCCUCUGAGUCUCCGGCCUCUGAGUCUCCGACCUCUGAGUCUCCGACCUCGGAGUCUCCGACCUCUGAGUCUCCGACCUCUGAGUCUCCGACCUCUGAGUCUCCGACCUCGGAGUCUCCGACCUCGGAGUCUCCGACCUCGGAGUCUCCGACCUCAGACGUCAGUCUUCUACCUCAGACCUCUGAGUCACCGACCUCGGAGUCUCCGACCUCGGAGUCUCCGACCUCUGAGUCUCCGACCUCUGAGUCUCCGACCUCGGAGUCUCCGACCUCAGACGUCAGUCUUCUACCUCAGACCUCUGAGUCACCGACCUCGGAGUCUCCGACCUCGGAGUCUCCGACCUCGGAGUCUCCGACCUCUGAGUCUCCGACCUCUGAGUCUCCGACCUCUGAGUCUCCGACCUCUGAGUCUCCGAUCUUGGAGUCUCCGACCUUGGAGUCUCCGACCUCUGAGUCUCCGACCUCUGAGUCUCCGACCUCGGAGUCUCCGACCUCGGAGUCUCCGACCUCAGAGUCUCAGACCUCUGAGUCUCAGACCUCAGACGUCAGUCUUCUACCUCAGACCUCUGAGUCUCCGACCUCUGAGUCUCCGACCUCGGAGUCUCCGACCUCGGAGUCUCCGACCUCUGAGUCUCCGAGCUCGGAGUCUCCGACCUCAGAGUCUCCGAGCUCGGAGUCUCUGACCUCUGAGUCUUCGACCUCAGAGUCUCAGACCCCUGAGUCUUCGACCUCAAGAGUCUCCGACCUCAGAGUCUCCGACCUCAGACGUCAGUCUUCUACCUCAGACCUCUGAGUCACCGACCUCUGUGCCACCCAGUGGCCCCCUCCCACGCUGCGACAACGCAGCUUGCGACUCGGGGUUGAUUUCCACGCCGGAUUCUGUAGAACGUCUCUUAUUUUAUCUUUGGGAGGGCUCCGUUUUGCUCUGUUUGCGCACUGUACGCCUCUGCGCACAUCACUACACUGUAAUUUGUUGUCAUUCAAUAACGCGCUCGGAAAUUUGUCUCAAACGCGGAGCGCAAUUACGCACAGAUUAUCCUCACCAUUCUUCUUCUUCUCGCCUCUUACAAGCGUGUGUGGGUUGUCUCUCCAGGCAAUCCCUCCGGCUUCCUCCCACGCAGUAUGACAACAACAAAAAAACCCCCCCAUUAACAAGGGACGAGGAAGAAGAGUCUUGUGCACAAGCAUAUUCCGUAACGUGUUGCCAAACGUGCACUCAUUUCACGGAAACCUCUCGAUUGCAGUAGGGCGAGAUCAUCGAUUUCGGUGGCUGUCAGGGAAAAAAAAACACGGUUUGAGUGUUUGCUAAUUGUCCUCUUCGCGCUGGUUUGUGUUGUGAAGGUGUGUGAAGUCCUUUGUGUGUUGAACUUCUUUCACACCGUACGUAGCCAACCGUGCUAAUCGGACAAGUAAUCACAAAUUUGAUUUAA